AUGUCUGCCGAUACCGAAUUUUUAGCUAAGUAUGCAAAGCACAUCUCUUUUGAUGAUCUUUCACCGACAUUGUACGAUGAUGAGAUUCGAUUGCUUAAAGAUAGUGGAAAGCAUAUAAGUUAUAAUAACAAGUUUUUCCAUGUACCUCCUCAAUACAAUCCACUGUAUCAAAAGAAAGAUGGGGUGGAUAGUAAAUCUCAGCUAGCUUCUCCCAUUUCAUCGCAUCAUAAAUCUAGGCAUGGAUCAUAUAAAUUACCACCACCUCCGGAGAUCUCAGUUUUGAAGCCCCCAAAGCCACGUCCAUUUGAUGAUGAAGAAAUUGAAGAUAUUGAUAUUGCAGAUUUAUCUCACAUCCUUGAGAAAAAAGUAGGCACAUUAACCCAAAAGAACACACAAGAAAAUUCUGGAUCAACAACUGGUUAUACCCAGUCAUUGUUUUCUAAUUUAAAUGAAAUAGAAGAUAGAGUGAGUAAAGUGCAAGAACCAGCAAAAAGUCAAAGGAAAUCUUUUGCUGGAAUGUCGAAUGAAGAACUGGCUGCGUUGGAAGAGUCGUAUAUAGCCAAAGGAAGGACAUCAAAUAUGGAUAUUAACAACUUCGAUUUUAAUGAGCAAAAGCCCUCAUAUUUUGAAUCUAGCACAAAGAGACCCUCAAAUAUAGGCCUUAUGGACUCUACACCAUCAAUGUACCCUUCUAGACCAUCUGUAAAUCAUAAAGCAAUUGUGUUAACAAGAGAAAAUAGCAAGUUUGAUGCUUACAUUAGUGAAGAAUCUCGUAAAACAAAUCGAAAAGUGAAAAGUCCUUUCUCAUCUCUAAGAUGUGUAGGAUGCUAUAUUUCUGGUAGACGGUUUACAUGGUCUUCUGUUGACUGGUAUAUUGAAAAUAUGGCCAAGGAUGGUGACCACGUAGUAAUUAUGACGUGCAUUCCAAACUUCGAGGAAAAAGUUGACUCUCUGGUUUAUCUGGAAAAAAGACAAAAAAAGAAGAAUGAACUACUAAGAGGAAAAAAAGCGCUUGAACCUGAAAAAAAGUCACUUCCCUUGGGACAACGAUUAGAAGCUAUUCAUGCCGAGGCUAGAGGAGUUUGUCAAUCAAUAUUGGAUUAUUAUUCGUGGAGACUGCAAGAUAAGAUUGUCAAGAUCACAGUUGAAAUGGUCAAAGACAAUUCAACCAAAAGGGCUAUGACAUCGGUAGAUUCGAUUUAUUUCCCAGAUAUGAAAAUUGUCAGUACUGUUAGUGCGAAUAUUAAGAUUAAAUUUAGAAAUGGAAAUGUUAAACUUCCAUUUUUUGUGAUGAAACACUAUCCAACACCCGUUUAUGUUGUUCCUUUUGAAUUUAUCAAUCCUAACAGAUUAAUCCAGAAUUCUCCUACUGAAUACUCGGCCGUUAGAAAGUCAGAAAGAUUGAAAUGGCUUGAUAAGACUAUGAAGAAAACUAUUGUCAAUCCAUUCUCAUCAUCUAAUGACCAACUCUCUGACGCUAGCAGUACAGACUCUAACGAUACAGAGUCUGUGGAUUCAAUUGAUGGUUAUUUUCCCAUGGGCAAUGAUCAGUUACAAAAUUAUCAAGCCUUUGAAAGAAAUGGCUAUGUACCUCCAAAACCCGCGAGAGCUAUGCUUUUCACAAGAGAUUCUGGUAGCGCAUAUGUCUAUGAUAAAGAUGGUAAAAGAAUAACUCCGACUAGCUCGAGGACAUCUAGACGUAGUUCCCGAUUUCAGCUUCACGAUACUGGAGUAUAUAAAGUCAAAUCCUUAAUAACUGAUAACGAUACAAUUUCAAAUCAUGAAGACCCAUCCGUGCAGUUCACCUCUCUUCCUUCAAUACGAAAAUUUCAGACAACCGACGUAGGGUCACCAGCUGGAUCUCUCCAGUCAAAAUUAGCUCGAAAGAAAUUAUCCCCAAAAUUUUCAAAUGAGCAUCUUGCAAAGGCUAGGAGUUUGGAAGACCAACAAGGUUCAAAGUCCCACUCACGGCCGCGUAGUAAUGUUUUACACACUAGUAGCAGCACACUUUCCACCAGCAGGAGCAGCUUGAGUUCCUCUUCGAAGGAUUCUAGCAAGGCAAAAAAGAAGAAAUCGUUCGGAUCCAUGUUCAAAAAAGUAUUUACAGGCAAAUAA